AUGAGUGCGAUUCGAGAAAAUGACGUCGACGAGCCCAUCCAGGUGCUCAUCACCACACACGACAACGUGAACCUGCUUGACUUUACCGGUCCCCUUCAAGUCCUGACCCAUGCCCAACACAACUCUAACGAUCCGGAGACCAAAGCCUUUGACAUCACCUUUGCCGGCCCGCAAGAGCAUGUUCUGACUGCGCAGGGCGUGACCUUGUCCGCACAGAUCUCGUUCAAGGAAGCACACAAGCGAUUGAAGGAGUUCGAUGUCCUGGUCGUUCCAGGCGGUAACGCGACAGAGAUCCUCAAGCAAAAGGCGGAGCCAACACUCUUGAUCAAGGACUUUGCCGAAUUGCAAACGGCCGAUCCGGCACGUGAGCGUACCCUGCUGGCCAUCGACACUGCGGCGUUGUGGCUCGCGCACCAGGGUCUUCUGGAGGGGCUCGGCGCCACCACACAUCCAGAUUUCUACAUCAAGUUGGAGAAAGAAUGCCAGGACGCUGCGGCUCGCGACAUGGGCGAACGCACCGACGUCAUGGAAGAGCGAUACGUGGUGAACAAUGCUCGAUUCGACCUGGGCGAGGACCUGGAAGAGAACCCGUACGUGUUCAAGAAGGGCCGCAAGGGCUCGACCGCUCGCAAGGGCAGUCUUGCCCGCAAGGAGUCGAAUGUCCGCCGUGAGAGCCUCGUCCGUCGCCAGAGCAUGAAGCUCGGCGGCAUGCGGGUCAUCACGACCGGAGGCACGGUCAGUGGCAUCGAUGCUAGUUUGUACCUCGUCAGCGCGCUCGUGAGCCACGAAUCGGCCCAGGAGGUUGCGCGGCUCAUGCAAUACGACUGGGUCAAGGGCGUCGUUGUUGACUCGAUUGAUGUCUGA